AUGGAGUCCAACUUCAGCUCUGCACCAACUCAAGCUCAUCCCGAGACCAUGGACUUCCUCUCCAGUGCAUGGUGCAAUUUCGCAGUCCAAGCUUUUCAGCCUCCAUUGCACGAUCCUCACCACCAGUCGAUCGUCCUCCUUGAUCCCCCAAUCGAGAAACUCGAGAAAGAAACGAGCUCUCCUAGCAAUUUCCUGUUAUACAAUCUGCAGAGGAUGGACAAUAGUGUGACCAUGGAUGAUGCAGGUUUCCAGUCUUUACCUCCAUGGAAAUCGAAUAACGUCAAGUCAUGGAUAUGGAUGCAACAGGCCAUGCACCCAGAACUAAACUAUAACAGCUGUUUCAGGAAAAAAUGGGCUCCGUGGAAGAUGAUGUCAUUCAAGAUCAUCUCAAUUAAGAAGUGGUUGAAAGAGAUGAAACUGAAGAGGAAGGAAGAAGAGAGGUUGCAAAGAACCGAAGUUCACGCGGCGAUGUCGGUGGCCGGUGUAGCAGCCGCCCUAGCUGCCAUCGCUGCCGAGAGCUCGAAAAGCAGCGAGCCUUUGUCCUCAAGCUCGGAGAAGGAAGCAGCAGUGGCAUCUGCAGCGGCCCUUGUGGCGGCGCAGUGCGCGCAAGUGGCGGAGGCGAUGGGAGCGAAGAGGGAGCAGCUUAGCAAUGUUAUAACAUCAGCCAUGAGCAGCACCAGUGCAAGUGACGUCUUGACACUCACCGCCGCAGCUACUACAUCAUUAAGAGGAGCUGCCACGCUCAAGGCAAGGACCGGAUGCAGAAACAGAUUGAACGGGACUUCACCAGUUCUUCCUAUCGACCACGACCAGAACGACUUUGACUUCGACUUCGACAAGUGUCGUUCCAUCUUGGCCAAAGGUACCGAGCUCAGCAUCGAAGCCCCAGACGGGAGGUACGUGGCCAGAACAGUUUCUUUGUUCCUAAACAACGAAGCCAAGGUGAUUCUCCAACUUAGGAAGCUCAAUUUGUUCAAAAGCAAACAGGAAAGCAUUGUAUUGGACUUGCAUGCUGAGCUAUAUAAGGAUGGAGAGGCCGAAGAGACCGGGACAUGCUAUCUCAUUGUAUUGACGACGAGCCGUGGAACGAUUAAGCUGGACAUGGUGGAUGAUUAUCGACGAUACAAGCUGUGGACGACCACUAUCAAUCAUCUACUAAUGCUGUCCACUUCAUUUACCAACUAUGAGCUUCAGUUUUAUAGGAAAUAA